AUUAGAUCCACAUCGUGUCAUCAUUCCUUCCACGGAUUUUACCUAGACAUUAGCAGUCGGGGUGUAUUUUGUGUGUAGAUGUUGAACUUGGAAUUGCAUUCGGAAUAUCCUUUGUCGUUUUUUCCUGUGGACAGAAUAUAUCAUGUUGAACUUAAAUGAUUGCACAGUGGAGAGACCAGAGAAUAAAAUUAUGUAGGAGUCACGCAAGCAAAAUACUGUACAUUUGUAGAUACAUGUACAUGAAUUUAGAAAUUCCAUGUAAAGUUCUUUGUUGAACAUUGUAAAAUCCUUGUCCAGCUAUAGAUUGUUGAAAUUGCCGCAUGUAUGUGCUAUAAAUUCCAAAACAGAAAAUAUAUAUUCAUCUCUCUGUAACUUAUGAAUAUGAAAAAUACCAGUACAAUUCUUGCCUUGAAUUGAGCUUGUGGAGAUUGUAGUUCCUCAUAUAAAAAUUCAAGAUUUAAAAAGUUUACACAUUCAGGCAUUGGAUAUAUUUAGGGCAACUUAAUGUAGAAACUGGACCAUGUAUUUUGAGCACAUCCAUUGGUCACCAUAGAUAGUUACCAACACUGGAUUGUAAGUUAGGCCCCAAGAUGUCUACCCCUCCUGAUGCCACCUCUUUAUGGAUCCAAGAUGGCGGUAGCGCGUGAACCCAGUCCUCCCAUCGACAUGCCACACUCCAUUCAGUCGUACCAAGGCUCGUCAGCCGACGGCGGCGACAAUGAGUCUGUUAUGAGUGACCUGUCGUGGGAUGGCACACCCGACGAGAAUAUUUUGAGCGGGUCAAGCCGUACUGCGACCUCGCUCGCCAUUGACGAAGAAGACGAAGGGGAGCCUGAUUUAAGUAGGUUCCUGGAUGACCCCGAUGGUGACCACACCCUAAUCAUGGAAGAUGACGUCUACCACCAGCUGGCUGAGAUGGAGGAGAAGCUCAAGAUGGCAGGAGAGUUUGGUAAUGCCCUCCUGGAGGAGAACCAGGAGCUCCGGAUGCUCAAUCAUCAAGCCAAGCAGGAGACAAGUGCAAAGAUUGAGGCCCUGGAGCAGGAGAGGCACGAGCUCCGCAUGAAGCUGGAGACGGCCCACACCGAGAAGGAGAACAUGUCCUAUGACCUCCGCAUGGAGGUGGAGUCUCUACGGAAGGAGGUCGCCCAUCGGAGCGAGGCCCUCAAGGUUGCCAAUAGCAACAAGCAGGGCAUCAUCGGAGAGCUGAUGGAGCAGACCGAUCAGAACAUGAAACUAGCCAAUCAGCUUCAUGAGACGACACGCGAACGAGAUAACAUCCAUGAUCGUCUGGGGAUCGUCGAGAGGCAGAAUGAAAGUAUGUCCCUCUUCCAUCUUGAUUCGAGCCUUGGGAAGUCUGAGCAACUGAAAAGUGAGGUUGGAGCUUUGAAGGAUGAAAACAACAGGCUGGGGGAGAGGUUUGUUGUCGUGUCCAGUGAGAACAUGACCAUGAUGUCAAAGGUCGAGGAGGCCAAGGAGAGGAACAUGAUGCUGGAGAAACAGGUCCUGGAGCUGGAACAGAGAUUGCAAUUCAGAGAGGCGGAGCUUAGAGACCUGAGCCGUCUGCAUGAGGAGACCAUGCAGGAGCUUGGAGCAGCUCGUUCCCGUGCCAACACACACUGCAGCAGCUCCCUCUACGAUGAGCUAGAGACAGCCGAGCUCACAGGCUAUGAGAGCUCGGAAGAAGACCUGGAGGUCGAUGACAGGGCUGACGUGAUGAUGUCCAAGUUCCUUGGUAGUCGUGCCAGUUCUUUGACUAGAGAGUUGAGCCUCGCAGAGGAGUUGGCCCAGUCACUAGGGGCGUUGGAAUCCUCCGGGAGGGGUCAUUCCCCGGGGAAUCAGGAGAUGAGCUUAGCGGAAGAGAUGAACGCAAUAGACGUUGACCAGACUCCUCGGGACGAGAAGACCUUGCAAGAGUUUGUAGAAAGAGUUGAUAGGGAUAGUCUGACCGAAGGAUUUGUCAAACAAAGUGGACGUUGUCAGGAUGAUGGGUCGGAGCAUCAGAGCAAAAGCUUAGCUGAUGAGCUGGCAGAAACUGUUGUUGAUGGUAGACGGCAUCCAGGGGCUUCAGUGGUCCUGGGACACCUCGACAAGAAGGGGCAAACACUUUAGCCAAUGUUGUAGCACAGAGUGGAAA